AUGUUUAAUGCCAGUUGGAUUGCUCCUAAUAUACCAACAAUGUAACUUUCAAAUAAUUAUAAUUCUAAUCACCUGUUCGAAAACUAAACAAAGUUACCGUUAAUACCUCUAAGAAAUUAAUUUGUGACUUAAGAAAAGCCAUAAUUUAAAAUCCAAUAGCUUAUACAUCAUUAAUAAAAUUCUCUCAAUUUCGAAGACAUUCUAGAGAUUAAUUAAAAGAAUAAGCUUCUUCUCAAAGAGAUAAGGUAUGCUUUAAAUAAAGAUCUUUAUUACUAAUCAGAAUAAAAACAUGGUUACAUUUAAACCUAAUAGGAUGAUGAACCAAAAGCAAAACCACAUAGAAGAAGAUACCAAUCAUAUGAUAAUAAAAUAUAGAGCGAUAGAAGUCUUGAAGAUGAAAAUAAAUUUAAACAACUUCGAAAAAUACCACAUAAAUAAAAAAAUGAUGAGUUAAGGAAUUAUUCGAUAACAGAAACGAUCGCCAAAAGAAUAAAUACGAAUGAAAUUAAUAUUAGAGAUUCAAGAAUUGAGUUUGAAACUAAAUAAAGAAAUAAUAUUAAGAUUAUAAAUACAAACCAACUUAAAAUAAAUUAAAAGAUACAAAAACCAGCUGUUUAUGAGGCAAAAUAAAAUUUUGGUCUUAUCAAAGAAUAACGUUAAAAAAGGAAAUAACAAUUAAAAAUCAUAGGUUAUGUGGUGUUGGCUGCUAUGUACUUAAGUAAAAAAUAUAGAAAGAUAUAAUAAGAGAAAAAUGAAUAAAGAAAUUAAAUUAAUAAAAAUUAUUAAGAAUCAUAAAAAGCAAUUGACAAAUUUUCUAAAAGACAAGCUAUUGUUUAAGAAAAGUUAUACUAUGAAUAUGUUGUAGAAAAAGUCAUACACUAUCUUAAAGAUUAAUCAUUUAUUGAUGAAACUUAAAAAAUUCCAAAUUUAUCAAAAGAAUAUUAGAGUGAUAUUAGAAAAUUACACGUUUUUAAAUUCACUACUUUAUUAUUUAAAAAUGUAGAAUUAUUUACAAGAUAAAAUACUAUCUCAGAUCUAAUAAGAGGUUUACUAAAUAUAAGUUUGUAUGAAAAAACAACUAUUCCUGUAUCUAAAUUUGUUGGUUAAAGAUGUUAUUUUUAUAAUGAUAAUCAUCUUAAGAUACCUUAAGAAUAAUUAGUUCUGAUAGCUUUGGAACAUUAUUUUUUUGGUAAUUUAAUACCUCAGUUAUUCGAGAUUCUUGCUAAUAUUGAAGAAGAUAAGAAUGAUUCUAAAUAAAAAAUAAAAACAAAUCCAUUACAUUUAAAUGAAUGCCAUUUUUAUGUUUGUAUUUUUGCUACUUUAAUUCAAUAAAAGAUUAUCUAAAAUUUUUCUGAAUUGAGAAUGGUAAAAAACCCUAAUGGAAAGAUUGUUCAAAAAACACUUUAAACAACAGAAUAAUCAAAUUUAGUUAUCAAAGCUCAGAUAGUAAUUGAUAAUCAUUUAAUAGAGAUUAAAGAUGGAAGAAAGGAAAUAGUGAAAGGAUUAAUUUCUUCUGAUUUAGUCCUAGCACUUGAAGGAGAAAAACCAUAAUGGAAGAAAUUUUUAGAUUAGACUUUUUCCAAAAUUAUUAAAAACUUUCAAAACUUAUUACCAAAAUGA